GACAAGAUCAUCGAUAUUUUGUGUUCAGAUUGUAUACAUAAAACUUUGUACAAAGUUGUUGUUAAACUAUGUGCGAUUAUUAUUAAUUUGAUUGAAGAGUAUCAUAAUGUUGCCUGGUAUUGGAGUUUUUGGAACUGGGUCAGUUGCGAAAGUUUUAGUGCCGUUUCUACGAGAAAAGGGAUUCUCGGUAGAAGCAAUAUGGGGUGUAACUUUACAAGAAGCCGAAAGUACAGCAAAAGAACUCAAAAUCCCUUUUUUUACCAAUAAAAUUGACGAUGUUUUGCUUAAGAAGAAUGUGAGUCUAGUGUUUAUCGUUUGUGCGCCUAACUUACACGCGCAAAUAUCAGUAAAAGCCCUUGGUAUUGGGAAACAUGUAGUGUGUGACAAACCUGCAGGACUUUGCCAAGCUGAGGCGUUGAAAAUGGUCAGAGCAGCUCAGUAUUACCCUACACUAAUAUCAAUAAUCAAUCACUCUCUCAGAUUUCUGCCAGCAUUCAUUCAUAUGAGAAAAUGUAUUCACGAUGGAUAUUUAGGCAAUCCAAGUGAGUUAACUCUGAUUGAUGUUAGAGUACAAAUGGGUUCAUUGCUAGGUGAAACAUAUAAUUGGUUGUGUGACGAUACUAUGGGCGGUGGUACUCUCACAUUAGUUGGUAGUCAUGUGAUAGAUUUAGUUUCAUACCUUAGUGGUCAGAAAGUUAUGAAAGCCCAUGGAGUACUAAGAACUUUUGUAGAAGAGACAGAAAAAGUAAAUGGAAUCAGAAAAAUCACUGCCCCAGAUUUUUGCACAUUCCAAUUACAAAUGGACAAAGGCUUGUUAGUAACAGCAACCUUGAACAAUCACUUACCUGGACCGUGUUUCAACCAAGAAAUAUAUGUGUGCAGUAAAAAAGGUUACUUAGUUGUUAGAGGAGGAGACUUACACGGAAGAUUACACAAGUCAAACUCCAAAAGUAUAAUUGAAGAAGAGGGCAAAAGACCUCAUGAUAAGGAAGAAGUGAUUUAUGUUGAUGUUGAGGAUCUAAGUUGUGCUUCUAGUGUUAUACCCAAGCCAUAUAUAAAAGGACUGUGUAAAAUGAUAAGUGCUCUUAAAGAAGCCUUUCUACCAGUCAAGGAACAAAUGGAUUGGAUAAAGGAGCCAGUGAAGGCGGCUGCUACAUUUGAAGAUGGACAAAGAGUCCAAGCAACGAUGGAAGCAUUACGUCAGUCUAGUGAAGAUGGUUGUUGGAAAACUGUACAGCUUCUCACUGAACCACCAGAUCCAAACCCUGCACUAUCAGCAGCAGUGAGACGCACAGCCAUAUCCCUGCAGUAGAUUUAUCGAAAAAAUGUUUCUGUAUGCCAUUAUGAUGUACCUUUAUAUAAUAGCUUUUAAAAUGAUUUGUAAAUGUUGCAUAUUUUAUGUGUGAAUGUCUAUCUUAUUUGGAUUAAUAAUAACUUCCACGAAUUGAGAAAUGUAUAUUUUAAGAAUUUAAUUAGCAAAUGUUUUAUCUGCAUUAGAAAUUAAAAAAAAUAUAUCACAGUAUUAUUAUACUUUAGCAAGCUGUUAUUAAAAAAAAAAAUCUUUUACAUUUUCAUGUCUUUACUUGCCAUCAAAUGUUUUAUGUUUAAAAUUUUUUAUCAAUUACAUUAAUUAAUGUCAUUAAUCAGACAGAAAUGGUAAUACCACUAAAUGUUUCAACAUAUUUCAUGAUAUGUACAAAACUACCGACUAAAAUAAAUGUUUUAAUAUAUAAUGGUGUAUAUUCCUUCACUCUAUAUCUUCUAGAUGG